AUGGUGAAAUCGCCAAUUUUUUUCAAGUUCCGCACUGUGGUGACAAAGUCAGAACGGCGUUUUCGCGAUGAGGUUUGUUUUUUUUUCGUUGAAAAUGUUCUUAGGAAAUAACCGAAUUUGUUGAAAUAAUUAUCUAAGUUAAGGUUUUAAACGAAACAAAAAUUUUAAAACAGCACUAAAAAAAUAUUUAACGUCUUUAGUCUGUUCACAUUUUGAAUGUCAAGCUCCGCCCCUUUUGGCGCGAGCGUUUUUGAAUGACGUCGUAUCACUGAAAUUCAGAAUCUGAAUGGAAGUUUAAGGACUUAAAUAGUUUUGACAUCUAUAUUUUCUUUAGAUUAUCCAAUUUAUUUAUCUUUCAGUGAGUUCCAAAAUCAUAUAAUGCCGUGUUCAAAGUGAUCCCGUGAAUUUGAAAACAGUCUUCGGAGAGUGAAAAGAAUAGUUGAACUUUAAAGAGUCCGAGAUAAUUUUGAACUCUGCGGAAAGGACUUUGAACGCGGCAGAAGCGAGAAAAUUUGCAGGGUGGACGAUUUUUUAAUGGCUCAGAAUAGCUUUUACAUUUUUUCCAGAUGAACCAAUUUCAAGUGGAAUCCAGGCAACUAUGCGAAGAAGUUGGGCUCGCUUCAAACAUUGUGAGAAUUCUUCUCGAGGAGGCUCAGAGGAGAGUGAAUAAACCCGAAGUCUUGUUCGACCGAAGAAUGAACAUCAUGCUGGCGGAUCUACAAAAACAGCAAUCGAAGUCAUCCUCAGCCGAUCAAAUCGAAGCCCUCCGACGAGAUUUCGAAACCAAAACGGCUGAGCUUGAGGCUUUAAAAAAUCGAGAAAAAGAGAACUGGAGCCUGUUUCUGGAGUUGCGGAAAAAUAACCACGACCUUCAUGAGAAAGUUGUCAGCCAGUUCAUGCGCGAGAAGGAGCUGAUCGAGAACCUGGUUCGUGAGCUCGAGGAAAACCGGGAAGGAUCUUCGAAGGUUAAUUCGCAUUUUUGAUGUUUGAACUCUGAAAACUGAUGGUAGGAAGGAACUUUGGGUUCCCGAAUAUUCGUGAGCGUUUAUUGUGCAUACAGCAAUCUUGGAGGCUCGUAUCUUUGAAAAUUUGAAUCUUUGCAACCGAUUCUUAGGAAUAUUCACCUCUUUUCUGAUUUUUUAUAAUUUUUCCAAUGUUUUUGUUAACAGAAGUUGAUGGAGAAUGUAUACAGAGUGAAUGAAAAUGUGGUAGCCGUUCUGCAGCGAAUAUUUGACAAAGUGUAUGCGAGAAAGACGCAUUUUUUUUUUAUAAAAAGUUAGUUGAAAAAAAUCAUACAGUGUUCAUUUGUGGUCGAAACACGGCACCUUCACAAUAAAACGACAAAGGAAAAAAAAUGUAGGAAAAGAAAAGGAAGUUCAAAAAAGAGUGGAAUAUUCCCAAGAAUCGUGUGCAAAGAUUCAAAUUUUCAAAGAUUCGAGCAUCCAAGAUUGUUGUAUGCACAAUUAACGCUCACGAUUAUUCGGGAACCCAAAUUUCCUUCCUACCAUCUGAAAACUGUUCGAUCAAAGUCGGAAUGGUGGAUAAUGAACGGUGAUAUGAAAAAAGCACCAGCGAAAAUUCAAACGGCGACUUUUCCGAUUUUUUCAUAUCGCUAGGGAACUUUCCGACGGCUACCUUUCCGAUGAAUCUUUUUCCGACUUUUUUUCUCGAUAAAAUUUUCGUUUUAAAUAUUCCUAUAUAAAGUAAACUAGUUAUUCAUGUUUAAAACACAAAGAAAUAGAAAAAAAAAUUUUAAUAGAUGUUUUAUAAACCGAAAAGCAUAAGGGAAAAAAUUCGGAAAGGGAUUCGGCGGGAAGGUGCCCGUCGGAAAGGGAUUCGGCGGGAAGGUGCCCGUCGGAAAGUUCCCUGCCAGUAUGAAAAAAUCGGAAAAGUAGCGGUUCGAAAAUUCGCCGUAUUUUUUUUUUCAUACCGCCUAAUGAGCGCUAAAACGGCGGCAAAAAGGCAGCAAAAAGAUUUUUUUUUCCAAGCCUUCUGUUUUUUCUGGGAUUUUAAAGGCUCAAGAAAUGGUGGAAAAAGAAGAGGCAGCAAGAAUGGUGCAUAAGAGCCGAUGAAACGGACAGCAAAAAGGAACCUUUCUCGCUUUGAAAGAAAAAUUUCUAUAAAGCCGUUCCGACGCUUCCGACUUUGCCCAUGUGAACAUAACUGGCCGGUGAAAAGGAAAUAUUCAGGCAAAAAUGAAAGAACACCUUGUAGUUCCUAUUACUCAAAACAGCGCAGAAGUUGCUUUUUUUCGAUGCGGAAUUCCUUGCAAAACAUGGAGUUCCUGGAAAAACAGUUAUUUGAAUCGAAUAACUUUUCUCGCGGCACAUAAUUUUAUCAUUUUUUCAAGUUUUCUUGCACGGACUUCAUUGUGAAGGAGCUAUAGAUUACGAAGCUAUCUUUUUUUCCUUUGAACUGUUUUUUUUUAACUGAACGUUAAUUUUCAGCCUAUCUGGUGUUAUCAUCUUUCCAUAAGCAAUUUUUCUUUUUGAUUUUGACUUUUUCUUUAUUUGAUAAAUCCGGGUUUUGUGUUUUUUUUUUAAUUGAAAAUUUUCUGGCGAAUCGAGAAGGUACCAUAAUGGUCCCCACAGGUACCUCUCAAAAUAGAUCGUGAAGGACCCGAUAAUGUGUCCAUCGUGAGACCUCCGGCAUACCUUUUAUCUAUAUCUGAGCCAUAUCGGAGGUACUUCGAAGCCUCUCUCAACCCCUCUCAUUUUUUUUUUUCAAAAUCCUCAGAGGUGUAAUUGAGGUACCAUCGUGAGGCUUCAGAGCCUCCGAUAUACCUCAGAGGGUCUCGCGAUACCCUUUCUCGAUUCGCCUACGUGGUAUUUUUCAGCCGGAAACCCGUAAGAUCGUGUGGUCGGCUAUCGAAGCUCUGAAGGAACUCUACGAAAAUAGACGAAACUUGAGAGAUGAACACCUCAAUCGGAGAGAUUCCCUGGCUGGUCAGCGUUUCGAGUGGAAGAAACAGUUCAACGAGUUGGCCUUCUCCGAAGAAGAAGUCGACGCGGAAUUCGCCUCCGUCAUGACCAUAUUCUCGAAAAGAGUCGCCAUGUUACGUGACCCUUUCCUCUUGAAAAUGUGCUCUUCCCUCGAAAGUUACCUUGGCAAAGCUAAUGUUCGCCGAUUCCAAUCCAACAGCUCUCAGGUGCAAAAAAAACUUUUUUGUCAUCGAUAUAAGUUUUUCAGAGAAUUCCUCACGGCCCUGAUGGCCGCGUAAAAAUUUUCGCGGAACGUCAACUCUCGAUUUUAGACGAUCCCCUUCCGAUAAACUUCCAUAAGUAUUUUUUGAGAAACGAGGUGCGUUUCUUUUUUUUUCACCGAAAAAAUGGACUUUUUUGAAGAAUCGAAACGUCUCCGUUUCCGAAUCUGAUGAUUUUUACCACCUUUCUGGGCUUGAGGUAAUCUGAAAACUCUUUUUCAAGAAAAAUCAGGAAAUUUCAGAGCGACAGGGAGAAUGAUUUCGAAAAGUCGCCGCGUCCUGAUUCGCGUGGAUCGGUUUUUUAUUCAAAUUCGAAGAGAUUCUCUUUAAAAUAUGUGUACUUUAGGUUACGGAAUUUCGGGGAGAACUUGAAAAUUUUUGAAAAUGUCGACCAAUUUGCGACUGCUCCCAUCAAGAUUCAUCAUCAAGACGUAGGCGCCCAAAAAAAUUUUUUUAUUUUUGAAAUUUUUUUAUCCUUUAAAAAAAUAAAGUGAAGAGGUUUAUUAAUUUUUUUAUUCGAAGAUUCUGAACGCCAAUAGCAACCCAGCCAUCUCCCGAGGCGAUUUCGACCGAAAUUCUGUACUUCGCCGAAAUUUCCGCGUCCAGGUGAACAAUUUUUUUCGUUUCGUAGUCGUUGGAAUUCAAAGCGAAAAAAAUAAUUUUUGAAAAAAACUUGUAAAUUUUUCAGUGUUCUAGGCCAUUUUUUUCGUGUUAAAUCUCUGAAAGGAAGGUUUAUUCAGGCAAAUAAAAAAAAAUAUUUUUGGAUAUCCAGAAAAUAAUUCAGAACGUUUAUAAAUUUUUUUCCGAAUUUCCUACGAUUGCUUUUUUUAAGAGAGGAGACCAUUUUUUUAAAUUUUACAAAAUGAAAAAAAGAAGGAAAUUAUUUUUCACACUAAAGUUGAAUAGAAUUUAUCGAAGAAUAUUAAAAAAAAUUUCAGAUCGAUACGCUCGAAAAAGCCCGACCAUGAGGAUGACUACGAAAACGAAGAAUUUGAGGUUUUUCUUGUCCUUCUCUAUGAGAAUUUCUCGAAUAUUUGUCCAGGAACUUCUGGGACGAUUCAGAAAUGUUAAUCAGGAUCACUUAAAUUUGAAAACACGUCUCGGGGAUAUGAUGAAGCUGAGGAAGACAGUCAUUUUGGAUGAAAUCGAGGUUUUCCGCAGUUUUGAAAAUGAAUUGACCUCAAGUUUAGGCCCACGUUGCAAAUUUGAUGGCGAUCAAACGUGAACUCGACUUUUCUUUGGGUAGUUUUCAGGUAAUUUUUCAAUUUUACAGAGUUAAAAUUUCAAGAAAAGCUAGUUAUAACCUGAAAAACAAAAUUUGAAUAACUCUCGAAAAAUUCUAAAUGUUACCUUUUUACAGGUGGACGAUUCGAUUUGGCUGUCGUUGAACUCCGUGGCUCGAGCACUGGAAGAAAUCGCAAAUAAAGGCGAAACGAUGCAGAAAAUCGAAAAAGAAUUUUCUUGA